CUCAAGAUCCGGAGUUCCACAAGGAGUGCGAUGAGUUCGGUUUCCAGUGUCAGAACGGAGUAUGCAUCAGCCUGAUUUGGAAAUGUGAUGGGAUGGACGAUUGUGGAGACUACUCUGACGAAGCCAACUGUGAAAACCCCACAGAAGCCCCAAACUGUUCCCGCUACUUUCAGUUCCGCUGCGAGAAUGGCCACUGCAUCCCCAACAGGUGGAAAUGUGACAGAGAGAAUGACUGUGGGGACUGGUCUGAUGAGAAGGAUUGUGGAGGUGAGAGCCUGGGGGACUGGGUCAGCCCCAGCCUGGACACCAGGUCAGCUCUACUGGUCUGUAGACUCUCACAGUCUCUAGAGUGCCUG